AUGCCCGACGCGUUUGAAGUAGCCUAUCCACUUUCGCCGUCCGUAAGUGCGCAAGAGAUUCGCGCACGCGCCAAUUCUUCUUCAAAACGGAAGCCAGUUGUGGCAAUUCUAGGAGAUGAAACCGUAGAAAUACCUGAUAAAUCAAUUGCCGGUGUUGACAAACCUCUAUCGAGAAGGGAGUUUGAGUUAGGAAAAUAUUCAGAAAUUAUUCCAAUAAUGCACAGUACGUGGCUUGAUCGAAGGCACUUGGAACAUAGGAUCUUUGUGAACAGAUCUCUCCAUUUAGAAAAUGUAAAGUUUUAUGGCUUUGAUAUGGAUUACACUCUGGCUGAGUAUAAAUCGCCGCAGUAUGAGACAUUAGGAUUCAAUCUUACCAAAGAAAGGCUAGUACAUAAGGGAUAUCCGCAAGAAAUUUUGGAAUUUGAAUAUGACCCCUCGUUUCCUGUUAGAGGUUUGUGGUUCGAUACAUUGUAUGGAAAUUUGUUAAAAGUCGACGCGUACGGUAAUAUUCUUGUAUGCGUGCACGGAUUUGAAUUUUUGAAACAUUCACAAGUGUACGAAUUGUACCCAAAUAAGUUCUUAACGUUGGACGAGUCUAGAGUGUAUGUGUUAAACACGUUAUUCAAUUUGCCGGAAACAUAUUUGAUAGCUUGUCUGAUUGACUUCUUCACAAACUCACCUCAGUACGCAAGGGAAAAAACUGGAGUAAGAUGCGGAGAUUUAGCUAUGUCGUUCAAAUCGAUAUUCCAAGACGUCAGAAAUGCGGUAGACUAUGUUCACAUUCAUGGGGACUUGAAGAAGAAUACCAUAGAAAAUCUAGAUCUGUAUUUGAAGAAAGACAAGAGGCUCCCAACUUUCCUUUCAAGGAUAAGAGAUAGCGGUGCGAAGUUAUUCAUUCUCACGAACAGUGACUACAAUUUUACAGACAAAAUCAUGAACUAUUUGUUCGAUUUCCCUCAUGGGGCUAAGCCCGGCGAUCCUCACAGGAAUUGGAAGACCUACUUUGACUGGAUCGUGGUAGAUGCGAAGAAGCCCCUAUUCUUCGGCGAGGGCACAACUCUUCGGCAAGUGGACACUCGUACGGGGGCACUCAAAAUGGGUCACCAUGUUGGACCUCUGCAUGAGGGUCUUGUGUAUUCUGGAGGAUCCUGUGACGUGUUCACGGAACUGAUUAGCGCCAAGGGCAAAGACGUAUUGUACAUCGGUGACCACAUAUUCGGAGACAUCUUGAAGUCCAAGAAGAUUGGUGGAUGGCGUACAUUCCUCAUAGUUCCAGAGUUAGUCCAAGAGCUUCAUGUUUGGACAGACAAGUGCCAAUUGUUUGCUCAACUCCAAAAUUUGGAUAUACAACUCGGAGAUAUGUACAAAGAUCUCGAUUCGAGUACAAAAGAGAAGCCAGAUAUAUCAAAAUUGCGUGCGGCCAUUCGUGACGUCACACACAAGAUGGAUCUUGCUUAUGGUAUGCUCGGGUCGCUCUUCCGUUCCGGGUCUAGACAGACUUUCUUCUCGUCACAGGUGGUGAGGUACGCAGACCUGUAUGCAGCAUCAUUCCUUAACUUGAUGUACUAUCCCUUCUGCUACAUGUUCCGUGCCCCGGCUAUGCUCAUGCCCCACGAGUCUACGGUCGCACACGAACAACGAUUCACCGUUGAUACGCCCACUAUUGACAGAUCGAGACAGACAUACGCCCAACGCGCUCUCAGCGCUACUUGCGUGGCCGAGAUUUCCUCUGAUGAAGCUGCUGGAUCACAGGAUUCGGACAGCAAGAACUCAACAGUACCCCAUGUUCGUCCAGAGACGCCCCGGCAACUGACACACACACACGACGAAGAUUGUUCUGACGAUGAAGAUGUUUCUAAGGGGUCACACAAAUAA